AUGGAAGCAAACAAGAGUCUACUCGACGAGAUUUUCGCCCCCGAUACAACAAAUAAUAACAAUAAUGACCAUAUUCAGGUCUCUUCUUCCUCUUCAUCUGCUUCAACCUCACGGCCAACCACAGAAAAUGAGAGUAGACUGAGGAACGGCCGGUCAAAAUCUACUCGCCUUCAAAUUCCAGCAGAAGACAAUGAACUCUCUCCAACGAUUAUAUCAAGCAUUCCAAAUCUUUCACCGGAGAACUUUGGAAACGAAGAGUCUUCUGACGAAAAUUCGGACCUUUCGGACGACGAAAGCGAAUCAAGCUCUCCAACGAAUAAUUACGGAUUAAACUCAUUAUCAAUAGCCUCUCCACCUAACGGCUCAUCUUCAAGAAUGGCUUCAUCGAUACUAGAACAACCAAUUGCACCGGCUGAACAGAUGCGAGCUAUCGUGGUGAAUCGUCCCACUGCGCAAAUGAUUGAAAAUUUUCGGUUACCAAAUCCUAGCGAGUCGAUGAAAGAUGAAGAAAUCUUGGAUUUCGUAAUGAAACCAGUUCCACAAGGUCAAAAAGUUCUUUGCAAAAUAACGCGUAUCAAAGAUGGAUUCGGGAAAUUUUACCCACAAUAUGAACUCUUUGUUGAAGACCUAACGGAUCAGACUCGAACAUUUAUGCUUGCAGCACGAAAACGAAAAAAAAGUAAAAGUUCUCAUUAUGUUAUUACUACAGAUAGACUUAGCGCCUCAAAUACAAUAAAACAUAUUAUCGGUAAAGUUAGAAACCCAUUCAAACGUGAACAAAAUGUACCAGAUAUUCCCCUUCGCGAAGAACUGGGUGCGGUGGUCUAUGAUCCGAAUAUUUUGGGAUUUAAAGGUCCACGUAAGAUGACAGUAUUGCUAACAGGAAUGACAAAAACUGGAGAACGGCCGGAAUUUCGUCCAAAGACGGAAGAGGAAACGCUUAUUGGAAAGUUUAAAAGUGGAAGUCACCGUGACAUUUUAGUACUACAUAAUAAAUCACCUCAAUGGAAUGAGGAAACUCAAUCAUAUGUCUUAAAUUUUAGCGGACGUGUAACUUUGGCUUCUGUUAAAAAUUUCCAGAUUGUGCAUGAUAACGAUUUGGAUUAUAUCAUAAUGCAAUUCGGUCGAGUCUCUGAUGACACAUUUACCAUGGACUUUAUGUACCCUAUGUGUCUGUUACAAGCUUUCGCGAUUGCAUUAAGCAGCUUUGAUGCAAAACUCGCCUGUGAAUAA